AUGAUGUCGCCGCCGCCGCCGCCGCCGCCGCCGCAGCAGCAACGUAUCGGCUUUCCAUGGCCCGAGCUCAACGAUGGUUUGGUAUACAAAGAUGUCGUCUCUUCUUCUGAUUCAGAGUUAACGACGGUGUCAGAUUUCUACUACACCAAGUACAAGAGCUCAGCUCCAUUGCUAGGGUGGAUUCAACGAAUCCAAAACGGACAGAUACAAAUUGAUGGGGAAGUUGUAGAAGAUCCCAACACACUCCUUAGGAGUGGUUCGAAGUUAGUUUACCACAGGCUUCCUUGGAAGGAACCUGACACGCCAUACUCUCUAGAUAUUUUGUAUGAAGACGAUCAUAUGAUCGCUUUGAACAAGCCUUCUGGACUUCAAGUAUUGCCAGGAGGACUUUUCCAGCAGCGGACUUUGUUGCAGCAACUGCAGUGGUGGUUUGGUAAAAAGGAUUCUUCCACCGGAUCACACCCUGUUCCUGUACAUCGACUGGGUAGAGGAACAUCAGGUAUACUUCUCUGUGCGAAGACAAAGCUUGCAAAAAGUAAACUUGCUUCUUAUUUUGCUGAGGGAACAUCUCUUGUCGGGUCCGGUAACCUGGAUCAAGAGUGUGGAACCGGAAGAAAGAUAUCUAAGAUAUAUCGAGCACUUGCAGAUGGUAUAGUUGAAGAAGAUGAGGUAGUUAUCACACAGCCUAUUGGAGUGGUUCGAUAUCCUGGGGUUGCAAAAGGAUUAUACGUUGCUUCUCCAGAAGGCAAACCUGCUCUCAGCAAAGUAGCUGUUCUGGAGAGGGACAUGCAAAGGAAUUGCACGCUGGUUAAGGUGGAGAUACAAUCCGGAAGACCACAUCAAAUCCGGAUUCAUCUUGCAUACAACGGACAUCCAUUAGUUGGGGACCCUCUUUAUGCUGCAGGCGGACAACCAAAGUGCUUUGAUCCAGAUGUUGUAGAAGCUACUACUUUUGCUGAAGAUGGAGGUUACCGAAGACCUAAUCAAGCUGUUCCUGGGGACUGCGGAUAUCAUCUUCAUGCACAUCAAGUAGAGCUACCAAACCUGGUGAACACUCUAAAGGUGGUUAAAAUAGUGGCGCCGUUGCCACCAAUCCUCCAAACAAGCUCCGAGGCAGAAGAAAAAGUCUUUCCUCCUGCAAGUGAAGUUGAAUUAGUCUUUUCACUAGACAAGAUGUGA